GCGUAUGUAUUCAGAAAAGAUACAUAAAAUUGUUUGUGUGUUUUAAACUUAGUAUACAUGGUACCAUAAUAUAUACAUCCUUUAACUAGGGAAAGCCUUCUUGAAGAGGUGAUAUUCAAGCCAAGCUCUAAAGGAUGAAAGGAAGCAGGAGGCAAGGACGGUGGGGAGGCAGCGGGGAGUAUCCCAGAGAGAGGAAACCGUGUGCUGUGAGACCUUGGGCCAGGGACAGCAUCGUGGCGUGUUUGGGGAACCCAGAAAGGCCUGUGUGGCUGGAGCACAGAGUUGGAAAGAAGAUAAAAGAUGAAGCCGCGAGGGCAGCAGGGGCCUGAGUGCUGGGCACUGUUGUCUGGUGACUGUUGUUUCUGUAUCAUGAAGGCAGUGGGACCAGACAGUCAAUUACAGCACGGCUCCCGUGCCUUUAGAACAACAUAACGUUUCUAAUCAUGACUCCAGGCUUGUCAUGGGCCACAUGCUUCAUUUUUCUGUGAUUUUUUUUUUUUUCUCCCUUCUGAGGCUAAUGUUUAAAAUGCUUUGCACAAAUAAACCGUUCUUGUCAAGUUUCCCUGUAGGAAUAACAUGGAAGGAGAAAUGAGCAGACUUGAAAUUCACACUCCAGUUUUUGAUAAGAAGAAGAAGAAAAAGAGAAAGUAUGCUGCACAGGAGGAAAAACGUCGGAGGCAUUCCCAUGCAAGUUUCAGCGACUCCCCCUUGACAAGUGAACUGCCUGACAAAACAAAGAGUAAAAAAAAGAGAAAGGAUUUCCAGCAUCUCAUUUCUACUCAGAAAAAAUCUGAAAUCUGUGAUGAGACAGAAAAGGCCACUUCUACCACCAGAAAGAAAAAAAAGAGAAGAAACAGUGCUUUGGGGGUAGAGGACGAAACAGGUGUUGUGUACGUCAUGGUGGACAAAGAAAAUAUUGAGAACGUGCCGAAGGAUUUUAGAAGAGAUGUCGACGUUGUUUACGUAGAUAUGAGCAAGGAGCAAAAGUCAGCCAAAGAGCCUGAAGCAGCCGCAGUGCACUCAGUUGCCAAGCGACGUAAAACUGAGUCAGAAGAACUGCAUCAUAAAGUUAGGGAGAAAAAGAAAAAGAAGCGUCGGCUGGAAGCCGAAGCAGCAGCGGCAUCCUGGGAUCCUGGGCAGCGAGGCCACAAUGCACACGUCGCCCUGCCCCAGCCGGAGCCCCACCAGCCGGAAGCCCUGCUUCCUGGGGGCCUGGGAGGCGAAGUCGCACAAUUGCCAGGCUCUGCUCAUAGAAAGAAGUCUAAGAAAAAAAAGAGAAAAUUCUCAAGUGCCCGGGAAUGUGAGGUGUUAGCCGUGCCUGAGAGUCUGGAGAGCGUGAAUUCUGAUGGAUCCCACGUGGUCUGUGAGGUGGGGGCUGCAGGAGGUAGGAAGGAAGCCGGCAGAACAAAGAAAAGGGCUAAGAAAAGGAGGCGCAAGUCUUCUGCCGAAGGUGCCUCAAUGGCCGAUGGUGACCUUUCAGUACUCACCACGGGCUUCGGGGACCCGCCCUUGGGUUCCCUGGAAGGUAGUGGAACCUCGAUUGAAGCAAUGGUGGAACCCAGGCCGCAAGAGGAGAAAAGCCGGGCGUGUUCGGACGAGAUGCAGAGGUUAGAACCUGCAAAUGACGAAAGCCAUUUGGAAUCGACUAAAGAGUCUGGAACAAAGUAUUUGUCGGAAGAUUCAAGAGAGUCAGAUGACCCAGACGUGGAUUUGGACUCCGCCGUGAGGCAACUCCAAGAGUUCAUUCCUGGCAUCAAGGAAAGGGCUGCCACGACAAUUAAGCGAAUGUACCGUGAUGACUUGGGACGAUUCAAGGAAUUUAAAGCACAGGGUGUCGCCAUUCGAUUCGGCAAGUUUUCUGCAAAGGAAAAUAAGCAGUUAGAGAGAAACGUGCAAGAAUUUCUGUCCCUGACUGGAAUCGAGAAUGCAGACAAGCUGCUGUACACAGACAGAUACCCAGAGGAGAAAGCUGUGAUCACCGACUUAAAAAGAAAAUAUGCGUUUAGACUGCACAUUGGUAAGGGCAUUGCCCGGCCCUGGAAACUCGUGUACUACCGAGCAAAGAAGAUGUUCGAUAUCAAUAAUUACAAAGGCAGGUAUAGCAAAGGAGAUACCGAGAAGUUAAAGAUAUACCAUUCCCUCCAUGGGAACGACUGGAAAAAGAUUGGGGAGAUGGUGGCUCGAAGUAGCCUCUCCGUUGCCCUGAAGUUCUCCCAGAUCAGCAGUGAAAGAAAUCAUGGUGCUUGGAGUAAGACGGAAACCCAGAAACUAAUCAAGGCUGUUGAAGAAGUGAUUCUAAAGAAAAUGUCUCCCCAGGAUUUAAAAGAGGUGGAUUCUAAACUCCAAGAGAAUCCCGAAGGCCGCCUGUCCAUUGUCCGGGAAAAACUCUACAAGGGCAUAUCUUGGGUAGAAGUUGAAGCUAAAGUCGAAACCAGAAAUUGGAUGCAGUGUAAAAGUAAGUGGACGGAAAUUCUAACCAAGAGGAUGACGAAUGGUCGGGACAUAUCCCGAGGAGUGAACGGACUGCAGGCCAAAAUCAACCUUAUUGAAAGAUUGUAUGAAGUAAAUGUGGAAGACGCUAACGAAAUAGACUGGGAAGAUCUUGCUAGUACCAUCGGUGAUGUUCCUCCAUCUUACGUUCAGACUAAAUUUUAUAAGCUGAAAGCUACCUGUGUUCCCUUUUGGCAGAAGAAGACUUUUCCAGAGAUAAUAGACUACCUCUAUGAGACGAGUCUACCUUUGCUCAAAGAAAAGCUAGAGAAGAAGAUGGAGAAAACGGGCAUUGAGAUCCAGACUCCUGCAGCCCCCAAGCGUGUCUUCCUGUUUAGAGACAUCUUUUACUCUGACAACGACAGUGAGGGAGAAGACGGAAACGAAAAAACUUAAGCGGAUGACACUCCCUGUCCAUUUUCCAGCUUUGGUCGUAUUUAUGCACAUGUGGCGGUAGAGCGAUUUCCAGCGUUUCUGUUUAUUAAGAUCCAAUGAUCAAAGGAAAGGCAUGAAAAUGACAGCCUUUAUUGUGGAGUAUUAAAAAUUGACAUCAUCACGUUCAAGUUCGUAUAAAUGUGAAAAGAAAGAGGAGCAUAGGAGUUGAUUUAAUAUUUCUGUACCAUUUUAUAGAGAAGAAUUACAACUAACGGUUUUUAGAAAACAAUGGUAUCCCAAGCCCCUGUAAAGCAGAAGAGGAGAGUCACAUCCUGGGAACAUUUCAGUACAUGCUCCCAGCAAACUGAGAACGUUAACAGUUUCCCUAACACACGCCGUUUUGCUUCUUGCUUUUCAGUUGUUCAUAUCUAUGUUCUCAGUGAAUAUAAGUAUUAGGAACAUGUCGGAGGAAGGUUGUGGACCUUCUGUUCCCUCCAACUGGUUUCAGUUCCCAUGUAUGUGUCAAAGUGUGCAUAUCCCAUCUUCCAGAGUGCGAUUCGAGUGUUUAAAGAUACAUUUGUUUCAUACUGAUGCCCUCUCAAAGACAGUCACUGAAUUCAUCUGGUGUUCAACGGGGGUAGGGGGGCAACAGCACUCUCUUCCAUUGCUUCUAGAAAAACUGGCUCUGUUAGACUUACUGAACGAUGCUGUGUGGGUCUCAGGCACAACUCCUGCCUAAUGGAAUUUCAAGGGUCAUUUUUUAACACUGGGCUGUCCCAUCAGUCAGAAAAGCAAACGCACUCCAGAUAUUUCAAACAGAAGGAUCUAACAUAAGGAUUUAGGUUACAAAAUUGUCAUAGAGGAUGAAGGGGCAAACAGGAAAGGCUGAAUCACCCACCAGUGGGGACCUGAGUGGAAGCUGCUGUAGCCCCCUAUGGCCUGCUGCGUGCCCCCCACUGUGAUGUCCACUAACGUGUCUCCCCACCCCACCCACCUGCCAUGGCCUGCGCUAAUGUCCACCCCGCCCCCACCGUGGCCCGCACUAACGUGCCUCCCUCCACAAACUGGGUUGUCUGCUGCUGCUGCCCUGGCAACAGCCUGUGCAGCUGUGUCCCUUCACGGCCCUUCAGCUUCAGCAGGAACCUGUGACUCCUUGAAACACAGUGGCUUCUGCCUCCCACUUGCCUUCUAAUCUGUCACACAUUCCUCCCACGCAGCCCCUUCGCAGGACCCAGCUGGCAAGGGAAAUAAAGUGUCCGGGCUUCUAGGCACGGGAGCGCAUAGGAAAGUGGCGGGGAACAUUAUCCCAUGUACAGUGAUGUCACCAUCUGCACCGAGGUGCAACUUCACUGUCCCCUGAGUGUCUCUCUGAGGUCAUUUGUGUCACAUCAUAUGUCAUGUUGGUUAGUUCAUCUACUAAGCUAGACAUUUUCCCAAACCUGCCAUUAUUGGAGAAGCAAGAACAUAGAGAAACAAAUUUAAGAGUCCUUGGUCACCAGUGUACCCCUAGUGCCCAAAACAGUGUUGUGCAAAUAAUAGACGCUCAAUAAAUGUUCAGUAAGCAAAUGAAUAUUUUUAGCAAGCAUUUUGCCUUUAGUCCCCUCCUUCUCCAUGCUGAUGGAAAUGUAAAUUGUAUGUUCCUUUUGGAGGACAAUCUGGUAAAAAUACAUCUAAGCCUUAAGAAUGUACAUAUUCUGUGAGCCAGCAAUUUCGCUUCUAGCACCUGAAGAAAUAAUAGAACUAGUGCAUAAGAAUGGCACAUUUAUAAUAUGAAAAAUAGAAAAAAAUGUAAAUGUUCCUUAAUAGGAAAUGUGUUAAAUAACAGUAUAUUCCUAUAAUGGAAUAUUAUGCAAUAAUUAAAAAUGAUGAUAGAUUCGGUUCACAUAAAAAGAUGAAUGAUAUUACCAACUAAAAUAUUUCAGAAAAGUAUAUAUAUUUUCUCAAUUUUUAAAAGUAAAAAAAUAAAGGAAAUGGUGUGAAUAUCAAUGCAUUAAAAUGUGUGGAAGGAAUUAAACCCAAAAUGUCGAUGGUUUUCUCUGGCCCAUGGGAUUGUGAGUUAAUAGGUUAGAACUCUGGAUUUGCAAGUGCCAAAAAAUCCGACUCAGAUAGAUCUAAGGAAUCUGGGAACUCAAGACUGAAAGUCCAGCGGGAGUGCUCAUUUUAGGGAAGGGCUAAUCCCGCUACUCAGAGUCUCCAAGAUGUGGUUCCUUGCUGAUUCUGUUCCCUUCUCCAGAGUCCACUUCAUCUUUAGUCCACACACAAGGGGCCCCUUCAUACAGCCACGUCUCAGCAGCCCUGUUCCCCAUUCAGUGGAAGAAAAGGGUCUGCCCAUUCCAUUGUUCUUGCUUAAGCCCUGGGUUUUGCUCCAGCCUGUGCCUAACUCUGAACCAUCGCUGUAUCCACAAAGAUAGGAUCGGCUUCAUCCAAUUUGGGCUCCUCUCAGAUUUAGCUCAGCAUCCCUUGAAUGGCUGAGAGGAUAAAUACCCCAAUAGAAAAUCAGGGUCCCCUUAGCAGCAGAAGAGGUGAAUGGACUGAGGAAUCAAACCACAAAUGAAGAUGACGGUGGGUGGUCACCUGUGCUAUGAAUUUUACCCCCAAAACUUGUGUACUUUGUAAAAGUUUGAUUUUUAUAACUUUUUCUCACCUGUAUCUCCCACGCGCCCUCCCAUGGGGGGAAAAAAAGAGUAUACCAUACAAAUCUUGACCAAACACCCUUUUUACAUCUAAGAAUCCAGGAGUUUGGAAGGACAAAAAGGGCAGAGUAGACUGGCUGUGUCAGAUGCAGGUCCAGGAGAGGAGAAGUUGUAGGGGGAUCAUGGGUUUGGUUGGGGAUGUGCAGACUGCUGCCCUGAUGGAGCAUGUGUACCCCCAGUCUGUGCUAUGAGGAGGGUAGCCAGAAGAAAAAGCCAUGCUAAGAGGUGUGGAUUUGUCUGUCAGCUCCAUGCAGACGAGAGGUGAAGCCAUGAAAUGGACAACCCCAGUUUAGAGCAAGAAAAAGACAGAGUAAGAACCGCAAUGUCUGUACUUGGGAGGAAGUGGAAGAGGAAGAGACACAGGAAGUGAACAAGGUAAAGAGCAAAAAAGAAUACUUAUCUCACAAGAAACAAAACCAAGGAACAAAAUAAUUUUCAAACAAGCUUGACUGCACUGUUUCAGUUCAUGGCCCAGUUCUUGGUCAUUUUGCACUUUUCAAUAAGCAUGUUUCUUCACUCGUACACUUCACUACCCAACAAAGAGGCCCAGGACUCUGCAGCAGAGAGGAGGUUAAAAAAAAUGAGCCUCGUAACCACACCAAGACAUGAUUCUGGUCACACCCCUGCUCUCAGUUCAACAAGCGUCUUUGACCACACGCAGUGAGCCAGGUAAUGUUAGAGGCUAAAGAUGCAAGAGUGAACGGUACAGAUUUGGUGCUGUUUUCUCAAAGGCUACACAAUAACAACACUUUCUGAACAGCAUUUCCUGAAGUUCAUACCAUAGUCACAAUUCUUCGGCCUCGUCAAACAGUCUAUCAUAUCAGUCCAUAGCUCAGCCCUAGCCUAUCCAAGCUGGCAGAGUUCCAUUAUUAUAAUCCCUGUACACCCUCAGCUCUUCAUUCUCUCCCUUUGUGGUACUUCCCGGUUCAAGACCCCAAACAUGGGUGAGCCCUUCCAUCUGCCUCCUACCUGUACCUGAAUAUUCCUAGAAGAAAAUCACACGACUGAGCUGGCUGGUUUCACUUUGAUGGACUCACAAUAUUACCAAAGGAUCCUACUUUAAUUCUCUAGUAAGUUUACGUUGCUUUUCUCCACAUCAGCUGUUUUACACAUCAGCUGUUUUACACAUUCAGUCUUCCCAUACCCCUCUUCUGCCCUUUCAUGAUGCAUUGAGAAAAAAGGGAGGAUGAAUGAUGAUGAAAUCAAGAUAAAUUAUUUAAACAUUCUGUAAUUCAUUAAAAGAUCCAUUUCAAAUAGAAAUAAUGAGUAAUAAAUUUUUGGAUAGUUGAUAAUCCAAGUAAUGAUGAUAAAUGAGUCACAUGAUCAAACUGGAAAAAGCACUGAAAUUUUUACAUAAAAUACUGACAUAAAACAUACAAUAUGGAUCUAAAAAUGGCAAAAUCUAUGACAACCUUGUAAUAAGGUGUCAUCAAUUCGAAGUCUUUAGGUUCAAUCUCUCCAUGUUAUAGCUCAUACGUGAGAAAAAGCUUGAUCGGAAUUUAAUUUGGUAAUCCUAAAAUUUUAACAUGAUAUUAAAUGAAAUCAUUAAUUUGAAACUUUUAUAAACUCUUAAUAAAAUGUAAUCAAACUUGCUAGAGAAAAGACUGAAUUAUCUUGGUGUUCUCUGUACAGAAAAUGAUCUUCAACCUCAUUGUUCAGGUAAUUAAAAUUUAUGAAGCCAAAAUACAUAACUUUUACAG